GUAGUAGGCUGUCAUGCCCAAGAACGAGGCCACCUGAGAGGCUGAGGUCGGUUCCGGGAUGCGGAGGACGGCUUCAAUGUUCGACAUGAGUGGGGCAAUGCCAACAGGCGGAACCCCACAAACUCGACGGCUGGAACUGCAAAGGUGCACUUUUCACCAUUCAGGGUCUGGUUGUUCCGCAGUAGAGCACUGAAAACUCUGUGGAGUCGAUGGUCAUGGAUGUGGAGGUCAUGGCCGUGGACCACGAUGUCGUCCAGAUAGACUGCCACCCCGGGUAUUCCAGCGAAGAUGGUGAUCAUCACCUUCUGGAAGCAGCUGGGGGCGGAGCUAAGUCCAAAAGGCUUGCGUGUGUAUCUGAACACACCUGCAUGUGUGACAAAGGCUGUGAGGUCUCUACUGGCUGGGUGGAGGGGCACCUGAAGAUAACCCUGACGCAGGUCGAGCUUCGUGAAGAUCGUGAAACCAUGAAAUUGUGCAGUCAGCUCCCCAGCUGUAGGCAAGGGGUACUUAUCCGGGACAAUAGCCUUGUUCACAGCACGGAGAUCCACACAGGUCCGGAUUCCAACUGACUUUUUAGUUGCGAUGACCAACUUUGAAAUCCAGGGGGCAGCGUUGACUGGCGCAAUGAUGCCUACCUCCAACUGUGACUGGAGAUCUUUUGUGACGUCAUCACGCAGUGCAAAGGGAAUGCGCCGCAGGGGCUGCAUGACUGCGGUCACGUCCGGGUUCACUAGGGGCCUGUGAGUGAAAGCUGUGAAGCAGCAGAGUCCAUCAAACAGAGUUGGCCAGUUCUGUUGCCAUGUGCCGGAAACUUGGUGGACAGCUGACCCACUCAUCUCUCAGUGUGAACCCCAAGCCUGUGAAGAGGUCGAGGCCCAGGAGGUUGGCACCCCGCUUUGCAAUGUGAAAUGUGAAUGAUGGCAGAUGCUUGGCGCCGUAGAGCACUGGGACCUGGAGGGUGCCUGUAAUGUCUAUCUUGGAUCUACCACACCCACACAGGGCAGUGGAGGGCUGUUGGAGUGGUAGGUGACUGAAAAACUUGUAAGUGGCAAGGUUGAGCAACGACACCGCAGUGCCAGUAUCCAGUAGCAAAGGCAAACCCACCUCGACCAGCUGCACAGUGCAUGUCUUGAAUGACACAUGGUUAGUGGAGAAGGUUUGGAUUUCAGUGUGUUCAUGUUGAGGGUGAGAUGAAAAUAAGGGCCUGUUCUGGGUGGAGCUAGUAUGCAGCUGGGGCAGAACGACACACUUUAGCAAAGUAAUUGUAUUUUGAACAGUUCUUCCAUAUUUUCCCACAGGCUGGGCAAUUUGAAGCUCUUGAAUUGUGAGAGCUAGCCCCACAGUUGCCAUAGCUACUUGUUUGUUUAUCAGUCUGCCUGCUGCAGGGGCAUGCGGGUGUCUGUGUCCAUGCAGCUGUCAACGUGGGAGGGAGUGCGCAGCGUGUGAUCGUUGUAGUGCGCCUGCUCGGGUUGAAGCUGCUGUGUGAGAAUGGCUGGGGGCUGAGUGUAUGCUGCAGAGCUAUCUGUUAGCAUAGUAGAGCAUUCCAAAGCCGCUUCAACCUGGAGUGCUAUUUUAAUAGCUCCAUCAAGUUGUAAAUUAUCCGAUUCCAAAAGCAGUUUCUCCUUGUCUUUAUACAUAACAUCGCCUCUAUCAACUGAUCUCGUCUUGAACUGUCCCAUAGUUACAAGAGCUAGCCAAAUCCCUCAGAUUAGCCAUGUUACUUUGAAUGCACUCACCCAGGCGUUAGUGUCUUUUCCAUAACCGGUAGCGUCUGAGGAGCACGCGCUCUAUCCCGGCGAAGUGGUUCAGUAGGAUGCUGACUGCAGUGGUGAAUGUAGGAGCCGAUCCAAGCGCUCUGAAAAUCAUAUGUACCGAGGCAGUGACGGAGCAAUGCUGUCCUCCACUUGUCGAAGAUUCUAGAAAAGUCCACAUCUUUGAGAUAAGUGUUAAAACUUUCAAGCCAGUUAUUCCACGGGACUGGAGGUUCGCCAAGCACGGCGAGGAAUGGUGCUGGUUGUGUAGCUAAGUGAACAGGACUUUGGAACAGGGAGUUCCUGUUGUUGGAUCAACUGUCACAUCGAUCCAAUGGCUUUGUGGAAGGGACACAGGCGAGAGCUGGAACAGACAAGUGCAGGUGUCGGCCAUAUGUAUGUGCAGCCGGUGCCUUUUUAUGUGGAGAGUCACAAGGGUGCAUCUCUGCCCCCUCUGUUCCAGUGUUCUCCCCUGGUGUCCACCAGCAGUCACUUCUCUGUCACCUCACGCUUGGAGCACGACAGGAAGCCUCAGACGGGGCCCCUGGCCAACACACUGCACCCACGUGCCCCUCCACACUGGAACACACACUUCCUCAAUGAGCUGGCACAACAGCUCCGGGACUGUGGGACAGUGCGCCUGCUCUCUAAGCCAAUCAGUGAAAUGCAGGACAGCUACAGGGGCCAGGCUGCUCCACAUGGCCCCCUGCUGGACCACUACUGCACCCUGCUGGCACUUUAUGGACAGCUUGAUCCAGGCCAGACCCCGACUGUGACAGCAGAUCCUUUAGUCAGCACAGCUCAUGCAUACUACAGGCGCUUUAGCAGGUCAGAGAUUGCCCCUUCCUCUGCUCUGGAAGCCCCUUCCUCCUACCUUAGCCUGAACAAGAGCUCCACCCACAGCCGCCUGCCGGGCCACAAAGCCCCUCCCACCGUGUCCUGCCACCCUUGGCUGCCCCGCCCCUCUGUGCCCUUACCCUAUGGAGGGAAACACAGCCUGUACAGGGACAGCUUCCGUGUGCCUGCCCCUCACCCUGCUCCCUCUGGUCCCUCGCCUGUUGCAAUCCCAGACUGGCGACAAGCCGGGACUGAAACUGGGGCUGGAGGAGCUAAGAGAGGGCUUCUCAGGGACAUCGUGGAGGUCCCCAAAAUGUACCUGACAGAGAACCGGGUCUAUGGGGGGAACCGGACCGUACUGGUCUGAGACCGCGCCGGACCGUGCUGGUACGUGUGUGUGUGUGUGUGUCAGAAAGACAAUGACAUGUGUGUAUUUUGCCAGAUGUCACCAAGUGCAAUCUAAUUUAUACAAGGACCAUGACCCCACUUUGGAGUCAACCGUCCCAGUGUUUUUUUGUAACUAUUUAUCAAAGGCCCAAUAAACAGGCAGGGUUUGAAGAAGACUGAUUGAUUUAUCAAUCACCACCAGUGAUGCAUGACCACGGGGUCCUAAGAGACACAACAUAUUUCAGGGAGUUGUAGGACAAAGGCUGCGAAGGCUGAGCUGAGAUCAGUUUGGGCAUUAGUGUUUCUUAUUGUUAAUGUUUUAAUGGGAGCGGGCUAAGCUGGUCCAAUAUCUGUGUUUAGGGGGUCCUUCAGUCUGGAGCUAGAGAGAGAGACCAGGGCAGUAUACUGUAAAUACUGAAUGUAUGUAUGUAUGUAUGUAUGUAUGUAUGUGUGUGUGUGUGUGUGUGUGUGUCAGGGAGAGAGAAAUGCUGAGUAGGUUAGAGGUUAUUUUGGCAUCAUCUCACAAAUUACCCUCAGAAUCCACUGGAGUCCCUCCGUCCUUUCUGCCUUUUUCUCUUCCGCCCACCUGCUCUCUCGCUCUUUCACUCUCCUCCCCCUCGUUCCUCCCUCCGGCAACACGCCAGACGGAAAAAGAGAGACAGAGAGAGAGAUGGAGGGAGAGAGAGAGGGAAGAGAUGGAGUAGGGUUAGAUAAACAUGCGUAUGUUUAUACAACUCUACUCCAUCUCUUCCCUUUCUCUCUCUCUCUCCCUCUCUCUCUCGCUCUUCUUCCAUCUGGCAUGUUGGGGCAAAUAAGGAGGUUAAUACAUAGAAGUAACAAAUACAUUAGGAAUGAUGUACACUUAGCACCAAUUCAGAAAGAGAGGUAGAUCUACGGUAGGGGAGAGAGAGGGAAAACGACAGAGAGAGCAUUCAUAUAAGCAAGUCAGAGAUGUACAGACUAAGCUGACAGAAUCAUUGCUUACCACAUCGGUGUAUUUGUGUGUGUAGGCCUAAGUGCAACAUAAUUUAUCUGCUAAAAAUACAAAUGGAUUUAGUAGUUACACUAACUACCUGUAUUUGUGUUGCAUGUGACUUGCCCAGAUUCAAUACUUUAUCUGAACAUGUAUUUGAAUAUCAGGCUGUGCAUUAAUUAAAGGUUGUUGGCAGCUCUAUAAAAUAAACU